CUCUCCAGCCACUCGACUACUGGCCUCUCCAGCCAAACCAAAAGUCCCUGGAGAAGACUGCUCCUCUCCUAACCCCCAUAACCACAAAAACUUACCCAUCCUUAUUUUCUGCUAGAACAUCAACCUGACUGUUUUGUUGCUAGUUGCACUCGCUGUUUUCAAGUCCGACACAACCCACCUUGUAUCGGUGAGAACACAAACACUACCCGCUCGCCCACCAUGGCGCCCCAUCCCGAGAUUGCUGCCAAUGCACUCUCUCCCAUGGCUAUGAAUGCUUUGCAGCAAGCAAAGUCUCUGGCCAAGCGUGAAGACCCGUACAGGCAACUUGCUUCGGCUGGAGCAAAGCCACCGCUCGAUCUCGCCGGUCCUGGCUUCCAGGCCCUGUUCGCUAUCAUUGGCAUUGGAAUGGCCUUUAUGGCCAUUUGGUUCUUCUUCUGGGCCAAGAACGGCGGCUUCAAAUGGCGUGAGGGUGACUGGGAAGACUACAAAUCUACAGUGCUGCGACGCAAGGGACCCGACGGCAAGACUCUCUCCAACGCUACCAAGAGCACCAGACUCGGUGGUGGCAGUGUUGUUCACGGUGGCAGCUACUUUGGUGCUCAGAGCGAUCUUGGUUACACGGAUGAGAGUGGCACUACCGUCACUUCAAGCACCUAUGCCGACGCUGAAAAGGGCGAGGCCGGCCUUCGUGGCGGUGACGGACGCAAGCACAAGAAGAAGCACCGCCGCAACCACACCAAUGACUACAACGACCCUGAGCUCCGUCAGUACCGCGAGGAGAAGGCUGCCCGUGUUGGUGGUCUGAACCGUGUCGGCGAUGGCAAGUACACCGACUACUCUGGCUCUCAACCUUCUGAAGUCGGCGGCUCCCAAGUCUCCAGCAACGUCCCCCUCGUCAAGAAAGAACCAAAAGAACUGAAAGAACCAAAGGAUCCCAAGAAGGAGGCCAAGGCCAAAGAGCAACGAGCAAAGGAACGCAUGCGCAAGGCCAAGGCCGCUGAAAAGGAAGCCGCAAAGAAGGAAGCUGCCGAAGCCAAAGCCCGUAAGGAAGAACAGAAAGCCGAAGCCAAACGCCUCAAGGACGAGCAAAAGCGAUCCAGGAAGAACAGUGCACCCUCUGAAGCCCCCGAGAUGGCCGAAGUCAGCCGCCCCAUGAUCGAGUACCACCCAGCUGAAUCCGAGUACACACGCGCCUACACCGAGUACACCGCUCCCUCUGUCGUUGACACCACCCCAACCCGCGCUCCCACCAGAACCAGCAAGGGCCCCAACGGUCCCCGCCGUGCACCUCCCUCAGCAGCCUACUCCUUCACCACCGGCGACGACACCGAAACCGUCUACACGGGCGUCAACACCAACGACCCAGACUCUCCCCCCGCCAAAGCCCCUGCAAAAUCCUCGCGCACUGCCCCCACCGAAGUCACAGAAUCAAGCUACUACUCCGACUACCGCCCCAACGCCGAUCCCUCCCUCUACACAGACCCCAACAAGCACGCCCCCCGCUCCCGUUCCGCCCGCCCCUCUACAGACCGCGGCGACCGCUCCUCGCGCUCCGCCCGCCCAUCCUCCUCAUCUCGCCCCCGCCCCUCUGGAUCCCGCUCCCGCCCCCCCUCCGAGUCGUCAAGGAGACAGCACCGCUCCUCGCGUCCUGCGCCUCCUUCCUCGGAUAUCUUCACCACUGCGAAUGGAGAUUCGCACGGCCACAUGAGCUAUCCGUGCCAUAUCCCCGGUCUGAGUCAGGCUGGUAGCGUGCACCCCAUGGAAAGCGUCUCGCAGGUCGGUGUGCCAACAAAUCGCCGUGAGAGGGGCGGUAGGGACGUUAUGGAUGGGUAUCGUCGCGGUGGUGUAAGGGCUGUAGGCCGAAGGGAUAGUUUGAGCGAUAGUGAUUAAAGCUCCUCAACAAUCACUGCCAAGUUCAGCUGGAGAGGAACAUGCAUAGGUGUUUUUUGGCGUUUGGCAUGAAGCGACUUUUCUUCUUUUUUCUUCCUCCUUCAUCUCUUUCUUACGAUUGAUUGUUCCUUUUUUUUAGGUCUGGUUUGCUUUUCUUUUCGAGAGAGAAAAGAAGAAGAGGUGGAUGAUGGAAUGUUGGUGGAAAAUACCCCCCGUUAAUGUCGGUACGAUUGGGAUGUCCAAAUGGGAACAACGAAUAUGAAGUAUUAAGCACGUUUUCAUCAUGUGUACGUGUAUUGUAUGUAGUCAAUCCAAUAACAAUGAAUCAAAUCAGAUUGAAACAACCACAGAUGGAAUUUGUUUCUCAUGCC